UACUCAUGUACGUGCGUGCAUUGACAAGGAUUCAUUAAGCUUUGCACAUUAUAGAAUCAUAAACUUAGUUAAGUUGUGGUUGGCCGCCCUUGUGCACAAAACAUGGACCUCUCUACAACCUUGAAGAAGCACAAACACACAGAAGGCAUGGAAGCUGGUAGUUCCACCAUUGGUAAAAAUUGGAGGCUUUGCAUAUUUGCAAGCUUCAUGAGUUUCAUUGUACUGAUGUUUUUUCAAAAACAAUGUCAGAACAGCCCGAAACUUUCAUCACUUCUAAAUGUUGGUGUAUCGAUGUCAAUGUCCAGUCUCACGUCCACGUCUAGUGAACUCUUGGAGUCCACAAACUUGGUCAAGAAUGAGAGCACAAACUUGGUCGAGAAUGACUUGAACCCUAUGAAAGAGGAGGAAGUGAAGUGCAAUAUAUUUGAUGGAAAAUGGGUUUAUGAACCAGAGGGAGGCCCUCAACAUACUGCAGCUGAAUGUCCGUUUCUUAGUGAACAGGUAAGCUGCCAGAGGAAUGGAAGGCCAGACUUUGAAUAUGAGAAAUGGAGCUGGGAAGCCAAAGACUGUGAUGUUCCAAGGUUUAAUGGCAUAGACAUGUUGGAGAGACUAAGAGGAAAGAGGGUGAUAAUAGUAGGAGAUUCCCUCAACAGAAACCAAUGGGAAUCUCUAGCUUGCCUUCUAUAUUCAGCCAUACCUUCUUCCCAAGCUCAUGUUGAUGUUCGUGGCGGCGUCUAUAAGGUCUUCAAAGCGAAGGACUAUAAUUGUUCUGUGGAGUUUUAUUGGAGCCCAUUUUUGGUGCGACUUAAGCAAGAAAAUGGGAGCAGAAUUCUAAGGCUUGACAAACUGUCACCCUUAGCCAAGAAGUGGCGUGGAGCUGAUGUCAUGGUAUUCAACACUGCCCAUUGGUGGGUUCACAGUGGGAAAGUGAAGUCGUGGGAUUUGUUUCAAUACAAAGGAAAAUUAGUUGAGGAGAUGGAGAUCGAGUCUGCAUUAAGGAAAGGCAUGAGGACUUGGGCUCGUUGGAUCGAUCACCAUGUUGAUGCAUCCAAAACAACUGUCUUUUUCCGCAGCAUAUCGCCACAACACCAAGGGAAGCAAUGGUGUUACAAUAUAACACAACCCAAUAUGGAUGAAUCGUAUGUGUCUGCAUUUCCUAAACCAAUGAAAGAAAUUAUUGAGAUAACAAUUCGAAGCAUGAUGAUACCAGUGAGAUACCUGAACAUUACAAAGCUAUCCGGGUAUAGAAGAGAUGCACAUCCAGCUUUGUAUGCAAGAAAACAGGAAAAGCUUUUGAAAACUGAGCAGCAACUGCAAGAAGAAUCUCAUCCUGAUUGCAGUCAUUGGUGUUUACCAGGGCUACCUGAUACAUGGAACAGGCUUUUGUAUGCAUCCUUGGUCUUGGACACUUCAGAUUCCAAGCAUUUGGUUGUUUGAUCAUCAGUAAGAGUUGUGCUGUCAUAGUUUAGAGUAAUUUUACUAAA